UGACACCGGUCAUCGCAUCUGCAUCUUCGUCUGCGAUUGUUUCGCAUCAUCGACAUUUUCGAUUUGAAUUUGAUUUCGAGUGAAUCGCGAUCCGUAUCUAGACGUUCAUCCUCGUAUUUUAUAGUCAAAAGUGUCCGGAUACAUCUGAGUCGGAAUUUGGUAGUGUGUGGAAAUUCAAAGACGAUGAUACUUUACCCGAUUACUUUGCUUCUAUCGUUUCCAGUCGUCUUCAGCUACGACAGAUUGACGAAUUUUCGACACAGAAGAAUGCCCCUAGCGCAGUCGGGCUCGAUCGGCGUGCAAACGACCAAGAGAAACGUCCCAUUCAUCAUACGAGUACCUUACACGAAAAUCGUCCCAUCCAAUUCUUUGUUUUCGCAUAGUUUCUCAUGGAAAGCGAAACAGACUCCACCUCCGGUGCCAAUAGCAGUGGCCGCCUUGAAAUCUGUAGAUGAUCCGAGCACAGCCACGACAGCACCUCAAACUCUACCUGAUGUGGAAGUCCGGCAGUUUCAUUCGCAGGAUACUAAUGGUCAAGUUGUGUUUGGGUUUAAUGCUCCUGAUCAGAUGCGUAUCGAGCAACGUAACGCUGAUGGAACGGUGCAUGGGACGUAUAGCUACUUGGAUCCUUAUGGACAGGUCAUCAAGAGGCAAUAUUGGGAUACAGGAGCUGGAUUUCACGUGACUAGCAACACAUAUCCGCUAAACGAGCUUUCAAACAGCAAUGAAAAUUUUCGACAAAAUGUAGCUGGUGGCGGCUCUGUACCAUAUACACCCGAAGUGCAAGCAGCCAGAGAUUUGCACUUUCAGUUAUACCAGCAGGCUCUAGCUUCAUUUUUACCAAACGCAAAUACUGCUCAAACUCAAAAUGAUCUUCGACGUAAUGCCAGCGUACCUGCCGAAGAAGACAAUGCUCUGUCAAAACCUGUGAACGAUUCUACUGCUGUGGCUGCCUCCUCAGAUGCGAUAAUUGUAACACCUUCGGUUGCCGUUUCUGAAGACGCAGAUUCCUCGUCCGCUUCAUCUCAACUCUCGUCUUCGUCGAGUUGGACCACCAUUGCCACAGCCACCGCCUCCCAGGCAGCCCAGGCUGCAGCUACAUCCACAUCUGCAACUGUCAACUUGAGAGACGAUGAUGAAAGUGCAGCAGAUGAGGAUCAUGGAUCCAUCAAUAUCGUCGAACCGGAUACCGAAAAUGGUAGUAUAGUGAUACAAAAACCCGAGUACUUGAGAAUUUCAUGGACAACGGAGAACAAAAAGUAUCGUAUUAGUCCAGCUGUUAACGUCAAUAACCAUCAAAAUGAUGAUCAUUGGUCUUUGAAAUCUGUAAUACCGUCGACGUCGACUAAUAAUUCUACGAGAUCAGCGUCUUCCUCAGAUGUUUCCAAUAUGACGAGGUUCAUUUUACAAGGUAGUAAGUAAGUAAGUAAGUAAGUAAGUAAGCGAGAGAUUUUUGUACAAAAAAUAGAUUGUUAGGUCGAUUUCGUCAACAUUCCUUGAAUGGAUUUACCUCGCUUUACUCAUCAAGUCAUCAAUGUCCCAGAAUAUCCAGAAAUUUUGAACGUGAACCUAUAAAAUUGUUCAUUUUAAAUUGAUUUCUCAACUUCUCCUCGUUCAACGCGAAUUAGAUAGGUAGUCAUUUCGUUUUCAAAAUAUGUACAUAUACCUACCUAUUAGUGGUUGGAAAAAUUUCAGAAGAUGUUUUAUUCUUCUACCCUAUGUAUAAUGUACGUCUUUAUUUUAAAAUUUUUAACUUUAUUGAUUUGACUGAUUGCUCAUUAGUCCAACCCAUUUUUCAUGUACUUGUGCCCGAGUAUUGCAUUUAUUAUUAAAUAAAUUUGCAAUUAAAACGUUGGAACAA